CCGGGAAGUCUCGCGAUGCCGUAGCCGGUUGGUCCCGCUGCGGGUGGCUCUGGCUGUUGCUGUGGUUGCCUGAGUUGCUGCUGCGGCGGCGGUGCUGGUGGAGGUGUCGGCCCCUGGGCGGAUGUUGACAUUGUGUUGUUGUUAUUGCCGAUGGUAAUGGCGGAGGCGGUGGCGACGGUUCGGACCCCAUCCGUUCACUAGCCGGAGUCGAGACAGACGAGAGCGAACUCCGCGGCCUGAACCGGCGGCAGCGACUCCCUCAGCCUCGCCGCCUCGCCAGCCGGAACCCCGGCGCCAGACCCUGGAGUCAGGCCCCUGGGGCAGGGGGGCUCGGAGGCACAGAAUGGCGGAUUUCGACGAGAUCUACGAGGAGGAGGAGGACGAGGAGCGGGCCCUGGAAGAGCAGCUGCUCAAGUACUCGCCAGACCCGGUGGUGGUCCGCGGCUCCGGUCACGUCACCGUAUUUGGACUGAGCAACAAAUUUGAAUCAGAAUUCCCUUCUUCAUUAACUGGAAAAGUAGCUCCUGAAGAAUUUAAAGCCAGCAUCAACAGAGUUAACAGUUGUCUUAAGAAGAACCUUCCUGUUAAUGUACGUUGGCUACUUUGUGGCUGCCUUUGUUGCUGCUGCACAUUAGGUUGCAGUAUGUGGCCAGUUAUAUGCCUCAGUAAAAGAACACGAAGAUCGAUUGAGAAGUUAUUAGAAUGGGAAAACAAUAGGUUAUACCACAAGCUGUGCUUGCACUGGAGACUGAGCAAAAGGAAAUGUGAAACGAAUAACAUGAUGGAAUAUGUCAUCCUCAUAGAAUUUUUACCAAAGACACCAAUUUUUCGACCAGAUUAGCAUUUACUUUAUUUAUAGAGACUUUCCAAGUAUGUUGUCUUUCCAAUGGUGCCUUGCUUGGUGCUCUCCUGGUGGUGACAUAACAUUGGUUCUACAGAAUUGUGUGGUGUUUUUUUUUGUUGUUGUUGUUGUUUGUUUUCGUUUUUGUUGUUUUUUUUAAAUAACCGCAUGUUCUGUGUGUGCAUAUUUGUCAAACUUUGCAAGUUAUUUCAUACAGAUGUUUAAUACUUAAGUUAUUGUGCUUUAUUCUGUUAUGUAUUCUGAUUUUCAAGGAUUACUUUUUGUAUUCUCAAAAAAAUACAUUUGAACUUAGCAUACAAAGUGGCCAGCCUUUUUUAUUUUAUCACCAAGGUACACACAAUUCUUUAUUUAUAAAUUUCUUAACAUAGAAAAACACCCCUGUAAGACGCUACUUAUCUAUUCUAGCAAACACACUCUUUGUAUUAUUUUUUCUUCCUUUUUUUAAAUUUAACAUAGAAAUUACUUUAAAAUAAUAAGUUUUCUUUAAUAGCCUUUGUUACAUAACAUACCCUUUGUCAUAUAAUUCCUAAAUAUUCUUUUUACAGCAGAUCUAUCUGUUAACAUAAUGAAGACCUAUCAAAAAGUUUUGAAAAUAUUUCUGUCUUCAAAGGUAGUAAGGCAGAAUUAAAUUAUUUUUUAUUAGAAUAGGCAAAUCAAUGAAUGGUAUGCAUGCAUCUAAUGGUUACUAGAGCUCAGGAUCACAAAAUAUAGUAGCAUCACAAUCUGCAUAUAUUUUUGGUCAAGAUGAUAUUAAUAAUGGCCUUACUUGGGUUAUUUUUAUUGUUCACCAUAUCUUAUAUUCAAAACUAUGGCAGUACUCCUUUAAAAAUUUCUAAGAAAAAAUAUUCCUCCCAAUCAAAUGUAGUUGUAGAAUGGAUAUGUUUCUAAAGUGUUUCGAAAAGAAAACAAAAGUUCUAGAUUAAAAGUAAGCUAUUAUUUAAUACCCCAAUGGUAUUUAGAACAAGUUCCUACUAAGAAAUGGAGGACAUAUUUAGUACUGUUUUUAUCUGUGCAUUCACUUUCAGUCAGUUAUGUUACUUUUUUUGAUUGAGAGUGACUGUGACAUGAAUCAUUAGUUUAUUAUUUUUAAAUAUACACUAUACACAUACAUACUUUUUUUGUCUUUUUGAUUAUAGAUAACCUCCAUGCAUUUAAAAACUUUUUAGAUAUCUAUAUGGCCUAUGUGUAAAUUUUUGUUUUUAUAAGCCUGAAAUUAUACAAGUUUUAAUGUGUGUCAAGAGUUUGUUCCAUGCAACUGUGGUAUCGAGCAAUAAUGUGAAUAACUUUUGAAAUUAUAUAAACUAUGCUUAAUAAUUUGUAUUAAGAAUUGGUACCACUAUACAAUACCUUUUUUCCUUGUAUUAAAUCUUUUAAAUACUGGUUUCAUUAAUUUAUAUACCUGUAUUUUUUUAAAAAGGUAUUUCUUUGUACUUCUCCAAAGUACUGUACUUCUACAUAAAUUUGAAUAGUUAAAUGCCAGUAUCUUGCAUCCUAUAUACUAUACUGGACAUUAGGAAUUAUCUUAAAAGCUAGGAUUAUUAUUUUUUUUUUGUCAGAGAAUGAUCUGUUUGCCUUGUCCCCCACAUAAUUUAACAACUUGAAUUUAUAGAAUACUUUUCCUGUGAAGAGCUCAAAGUACAAAGAAUUCAAAUACUUCCACUUUUAUUUAACUUGUGUCUGAAGUGUGUCCUGCCACUUUAAAGUAGUGCAAUUAAAAGUAACGCUAUUCAAAAACUCCA